UAGUGCUAGUAAUGAUAAUUCUAUAUUAUCAUCACUAAACGCACAAUUGAAAACAGAAACUGUUGAUUUACGUCUUAAUACAACAAGACAAUUUCUCUAUCUUGUUGAGAAAGGGCAUAUAAAGAUGGAGGCGAGUAGCCUUCUGGCCGAGAGUUUAGGUAAAGACCCAUGGUAUGCGCAGUGUAUUCGUGCCUGGGCAAAUCAAUCGAAGAAUUGCAAAGAAUUAAUAAAGUCAAAACGUGGCCGACAUAUAAAAACGAAAUCUUUAAUACAUAAUAAAAGCUUUCGGCUUCAAAUAAAUCAGUAUUUGGAGAAAAAUAAAUUUAAAUUAGCCAUUCCAAAUUUUAUAAAAUACGUUAGUAGUAUUAUGCCUACUUUUGGAAUCACAAGUAAAAUUAUUAGUAGGUCAACUGCACACAGAUGGCUAAAAUUACUUGGGUGGAAAUACCAAACCUAUACAAAAAAAAUUUAUUUUGACGGUCACGAACAUGAAGAUGUGGUAGAAGACAGAAAUCGUUUUCUGCAAGAGAUGGCUAGGUUAAGAAAACAAAUGGCCCAAUACGUAGAUGAAAAUUUAGUUCGUAUUAUCCCUCCAGAACUUUAUCCUGAAAUAGUUUCUGUCACCCAAGACGAGACCACUCUUUAUGCAAAUGAUGGUGUGAAGGAUAUUCACAUUAGUGAUUUUUUCUGUAAAUCUAUCGGGCGUCUCAAACUUUCAGAACACAAAAGUUAUAUAAAUGACUUACUUCCUGAUUACAUGCGUCUUAAAUAUACCCAUGCAUAUGUUGCUAUCUAUCCGGGUAUAAAUCGUGAUGCUCUAUUCAUGUUUGAUAAUAGUAGCAAUCAUGGUACAUAUGCUGAAGAUACCCUUUUGGUCUCAGAAAUAAACAUGGGAGAUGGUGGUAAAAAUAGAAAAGGUGAAGAUAAAAAACCUCGUCAUAAUGGUACAAAGCCUGAUGGUUCUGUGCAUAUAAUGAACUAUGAAGAUAGUAAUAGUGUAUUAAGAUCUAAGGAAAUUAAAUGGCCUGAUCCAAACAACCCAAACUGUUGCGCUUCGUGUAUUCUUUCAGCUCAACCUGACUUUGUAGCUCAAAGAUCACGCUUAAGAGAG